ACACACACACACACACACACACACACUCCUGAUUCAGCAGCGCAGCGCGAAACUCUGGAGAAACUCAGUGAUCCUCGUAUGAUCAGCGGUGUGUGUAUGUGUGUAUGAUCAGUGUGUGUGUGUGUUGGUGUCGUGACUCCUCCAGCAGCUCUCCUCCAUCCGCAGAGGAAGCGCUCUCUCCCGCAGCAGGAAACUGAACUCUUUCCUCCCGGAUAGCCGCGCAGUUUUCCGCUUGCUCGAUGCGCGUCUCAGCGCGGCCCCCGCGGACGCCCAGCAGAGGGGAAGAUGCCUCCGUCAGCAGCGGACCGACGCUCGGCGCUCGCGCUGCUCUCCGCGCUGCUCUUAGCGGCUCUCCAGACGCGCUCGGCCGGCGCGCUGCACGUUCAACAGGCGUUCGCGACUCCUGGACGCACCAAUAACUUCGCGCUGGACGCGGCGUCAGGACGCGUCUACCUGGCCGCCGUCAACAACCUGUACCAGCUGAACGCGACGCUCGCGCUGGAGGUGGAGAUGCGCACGGGACCCGUGCUGGACAACCCCCUGUGCCACGCGCCGCAGCUGCCGCAGGCGACUUGCGAGCACCAGAAGACGCUCACCGACAACCACAACAAGCUGCUGGCGCUGGACCGCGCGCAGGACGUGCUGCUGACGUGCGGAUCCGUGUACCAGGGCUUCUGCGAGCUGCGGCGCCUGGAGAACGUGUCCCGGCUGGCGGUGCAGUUCCCGCAGGACGGCGCCACCGUGUUCCCCAGCAUGCUCAACAUCGCCGCCAACCACGAGAACGCGAGCACCGUCGGCCUGGUGUUCCGCACUCACGGCGGCGCCCCGCGCCUGCUGGUGGGCGCCACAUACACGGGCAUGGGCACCGAGUACUUCCCCAAGAACCACAGCAAAGAGGACCUGCGCUUCGAGAACACCCCGGAGAUCGCCAUCCGAGCGCUGGACACGCGCGAGCUCGGCCGCCUCUUCACCUACGACAUCAACCCGUCCGAGGACAACGUCUUCAAGAUCAAGCAGGAGGUCAAGCAGAAGAACAAGCUGAGCUUCGUGCACGCGUUUGCCCUCGGGACUUACUCCUACAUCGCCUUCAACAACGACGCGAACAGCGGGCUGAAGGAGAGCCAGCCGAACAGCGUCCUGGCGCGCAUCUGCCUGGACACCGACGCGCCGCGCAGAGCCGCCGAGAGCCGCAAGCUGACCGAGUCGUACGCGCAGAUGGGGCUCCGGUGCGGCGCAUACACCCGCCUGCUGUCCGUUUGCCCGGCGGAGCUGCGCGCGGAGACGCUCCUGUUCGCGGUGUUCGGGCGCGCGGGCGGCCGCGCGGCGGUGUGCGUGUUCCGCGUGGCCGAGGUGGAGGAGAUGAUCCGGCAGGGCCGCAGGAACUGCUCUCACGGGCCGAACAGCGAUGUGCAGGUGCUGGACAGCGUCAUCCAGGGCUCCGGGGCCGAGUGCGAGGGCAAGGGCAGCGUCAUGCUGCAGCUGCAGGCGGAUCAGCUGAACUGUGGAGCCGCUCACCUGCAGCACCCGCUGGCCCUGCGGAGGCCCCUGAGGGCCCGACCGCUGUAUGAGGCCCCGGGGCUGAGCUCUGUGGCCGUCGACAGCGCACACAACCACACACUCAUGUUCCUGGGCAGCAGAGGACGACUGCGCAAGCUCUCUCUGCUCUCCAACUUUAGUGUCUCCCAGCAGUGGUCACUGAGGCUCCCCGCUAAUGAACCCGUUCACCACAUCAUGACCUUUGACCCCAGUGACCGCACCUACCUGUAUGUGAUGACCUCACACCAUCUGCUGCGGGUCCAUGUGUCCUCUUGUGAGCAGUACGGCUCGUGUGAAGAGUGUCUCAGUGCUGGAGAUCCUCACUGCGGAUGGUGCACACUGGAGAGAAGGUGUUCGGUUCAGCAGGACUGCUCCAGUGUGUCUCUGAGCCGCUCGUGGAUCAGCAUCAGUGAAGGAGUACAGCAGUGUCCAUCCAUGACCAUCACUCCUGCUGAGAUCAGCCGCUCCGCUCCAAUAAGGAAUGUAGGGAUCCUGGUUGCCGGCAGUGUUCCGGAUCUCCAGGGUCUGCGGGUGGAGUGUGAUUAUGGGAUGGGGAUCUCCACCAACGCCACUGUUCACCUGGACUACGGCACCCGCCAUAUCCAGACCUGCCCUCUGCCUCCAGCGCACACACUUCCCAGAAUCCCCUCCGGCACAGAUCACGUCACUGUUCCUGUGUCCAUCACCGCCAACGGUGUGUCUGUGGUGUCUGGAAAAUUCAUCAUCUAUGAGUGUGAACGCACUGGAGAGAUACACUCCACAACUGCGUGCACUAGUUGUCUGAGUUCAGCAUGGUGGUGUUUUUGGGACCCGCAGCUCCAUCAGUGUGUGUCCAGCAAGAACAACACACAGCAGCCUCUGCAGAAUUCCUCUUCCUGUCCCAGUAUGGUGGCCUAUAAGGUUCCUCCGCUGCCCACAGGAAGCGCUCCUGUUUUCUCAGUGGAGCUGAAGAACGUGGAGCAUGGGACAGCUCUGGAGUGUGUCUUCAGUGACGGGCAGCAGUACGGAGCGCAGUGGCUGAACGAGUCGUGGAUCAUCUGCAGCGGAGUGACUCUGAAAACCACACAGUGGAGCGAGAGCUUCAGUCUGAACCUGCGGAGAGCUGGAGACGGCACAUACAUCGACAGUCCACAGCCCAUGACAGUGGAGGUGUACAGCUGCUCGGCGGGCGUCUCUGACUGUUCUCAGUGUUUGGGUCGUGCAGCGCUGGGUCAGGAGUGUGUGUGGUGUGAACACAGCUGCCGCCAGCAGGACCAGUGCCCGACCGCCAGCUCUGCCCACUGCCCAGCGCCGCUCAUACACAAGAUUGAGCCACUGUCGGGGCCUCUGACUGGAGGAACGCUGCUGACGGUGACGGGCAGGAAUCUGGGUCACCGUGUGGAUCAGCUCAACGUGUCCAUCGGCGGCAUAACCUGCCACACACUCCCACAGCACUAUACCGUCUCCAUCAGGUUGGUUUGUCAGACUGGUGCAUCAUGGGAGCAGAUGAGUGGUCAUGUGAGGGUGGGCGUGGCCGGGGAUGCAGUGGGCGAGUCUAAGGAGCAGUUCUCCUUUGUGGAGCCUCGACUGCUGCAGUUCAGCCCAGCUCAGGGGCCUCUCGCUGGGGGAACCACACUCACCAUCCAGGGCCAGUUCCUGAACGCCGGCUCCACCACUGACAUCCAGAUCAACAACACACACACCUGCUCCAUCCUCACGCGGUCGAGUGAGAUGAUCAGGUGUGUGAUGCCGGCAGCCGUGCGCGCAGAGAACGUGUCGGUGUGUGUGGUGUUUGACGGCCGGCCGUGUGUGAGCGCUUCACCAAACUUCACCUUCAGCUACCAGAAAAACCCCACAAUCAGCCACAUCUGGCCCAGCAGGAGCUACCUCAGUGGCGGUCGCAGUAUCUCCGUCUCUGGCGUGGGCUUUGAUCUGGUUCAGUCUGUGGUGAUGGAGGUUCCUGGAGUGGGGCAGACGAACUGCUCAUGUGUGUCAUCCACACUGAUCCUCUGUCAGUCUCCGGCGGCGGAUCAAGCGCAGCAGACCGCAGUGCUCUUCUCCCUGAACGGCGUGCAGUACCGUGGGGAAGACGCUGCCCCCGCAGGCCUGGAGGAGGACGAGCAGCCGCACACACAGCGCUACAGCUUCCAGUACGUGGAGGAUCCGCAGUUCUACACCGCUAACAAGGAGAAGCUGAUCAAACACCAUCCAGGAGAACCACUCAUACUCAUCAUCAACAAAGGGCCAAGUGAUCUGGACCUGACACUGGAUGAAUACAGCGUGACGAUUGGCUCAGACCUCUGUGACAUCACCUUCCAUAACCAGCAGCUGUUCCACUGUAGCAUCAACAGAUCCCUGAGUGCCAGCACUGGAGAGCUGCCUGUCACUGUGCGCGUCGGUCACUUCCAGAAGGUGAUUGCGAUGGUGCAGAUGGGUGGAGGAAGUGAACUGGCCAUAGUGGUGUCCAUAGUGGUGUGCUGUGUGCUGCUGCUGCUCUGCACUGUGGCACUGGUGGUGUACUGCACUAAGAGCCGCAGGGCUGAGCGCUACUGGCAGAAGACUCUGGUGCAGAUGGAGGAGAUGGAGUCACAGAUCCGCGAUGAGAUACGCAAAGGUUUUGCGGAGCUGCAGACAGAUAUGACGGAUCUGACCAAAGAGCUGAACCGCACACAGGGAAUCCCCUUCCUGGAGUACAAGCAGUUCGUCACGCGCACCUUCUUCCCUAAGAUGUGCUGUGACUAUGAGAGGCGUUUGGUUCAGCCGGUUUAUGAGAACGAUCCUCUGGGUCCAAAAGCUCAUUCUGAAACACACCCACUGCUGCAGGACUGGCAGCCGGCGGGCAGCGUUCGGCCCAAUCUGGAGGAGGGCAUCACACUGUUCUCCACACUGCUCAACAACAAACACUUCCUGGUCACCUUCGUCCAUGCGCUGGAGCAGCAGAGAGACUUCGCCGUCAGAGACCGGUGUAAUCUGGCGUCUCUGCUCACCAUCGCCCUCCAUGGUAAACUGGAGUAUUACACCAGCAUCAUGAAGGAGCUGCUGGUGGAUCUGAUCGACGCCUCGGCCACCAAAAACCCCAAACUGAUGCUGCGGCGCACCGAGAGCGUGGUGGAGAAGAUGCUCACCAACUGGAUGUCCAUCUGCAUGUACAGCUACCUGAAGGAGACAGUAGGCGAGCCGUUCUUCCUGCUCCUGUGUGCCAUCAAACAGCAGAUCAACAAGGGCUCCAUCGACGCGCUGACGGGGAAAGCCCGAUACACCCUCAACGAGGAGUGGCUUCUGCGCGAAAACAUCGAAGCCAAACCACAGAAUGUGAUGGUGUCCUUCCAAGGCCUGGGCAUGGACUCGGUGUGUGUGCGCGUGAUGAACACCGACACCAUCUGCCAGGUGAAGGAGAAGAUCCUGGAGGCUUUCUACAAGAACCUGCCCUACUCACAGUGGCCCCGAGAGGAGGACGUGGAGCUGGAGUGGUUUCCAGAAGGACGCAGCAGCAGAAUCCUGCAGGAUCUGGACGACUCGUCUGUCAUGGAGGACGGCAGGAAGAAACUCAACACCGUCUUCCACUAUCAGAUCCCCGACGGCGCAUCUCUGGCCAUGAGCCUGAAGGACAAGAGAGAAAACACACUGGGCAGAGUGAAAGAUCUGGACACAGAGAAGUAUGUUCAUCUGGUUCUUCCUCAUGAUGAGCUGAUGGAGAGCAGAAAGACACACCGGCAGAGUCAGCGCAAGAAGGUGCUGCCGGAGAUUUACCUGACCCGACUGCUGUCCACCAAGGGCACGCUGCAGAAGUUUCUGGACGAUCUGUUCCAGGCCAUCCUCAGUGUCCCAGCAGAGAAUCCUCCGCUCGCCGUCAAAUACUUCUUCGACUUCCUGGAGGAGCAGGCGGACAAACGCGGCAUCACCGACCCCGACACACUGCACAUCUGGAAGACCAACAGUCUGCCGCUGCGCUUCUGGGUGAACAUCUUGAAGAAUCCUCAGUUUGUGUUCGACAUCGAGAAGACGGACCACAUGGACGCCUGUCUGUCGGUCAUCGCUCAGGCCUUCAUCGACGCCUGCUCACUGUCUGACCUGCAGCUCGGCAAGGACUCUCCCACUAAUAAGCUGCUGUACGCUAAAGAGAUCCCGGAGUAUAAGAAGAGGGUGCAGAGCUUCUACAGACAGAUCCAGGAGCUGCCGGCGCUCAGCGAACAGGAGAUGAACACACACCUGGCUGAGGAGUCACGGAAACACAGGAACGAGUUCAACACCACCCUGGCCCUCACUGAGGUCUACAAGUACGCCAAGAGAUACCGUGCUCAGGUGGCGAGUGCGCUGGACUCGAACCCGACCGCUCGACGCACGCAGCUGCAGCACAAGUUUGAGCAGGUCAUCGCUCUGGUGGAGGACAACAUCUACGAGUGCAGCAGCGAGGCCUGAACACACACACACACACACACACACACACACACACACACACACCUGAAGCGCAGGAAACACAGCCUUCUUAAAGGGACAGUUCACCCUCAAUGAAAGGUUUCUCACUCUGCUCAAACCUGUAAGCAUUGACUGUAGCAGGAGAAGGAAACACUGCAGGUCAUCGGUUACAGGUUUCCAGCAUUCUUCAAAUGUUCUCCUUUAGUGUUCAACAGACAGAAGCUCUGUCAGGUUUGGAGUGAAGGCAGGGUGAAUGAUGAGGCUUUUCAGUAGUGUGUGCUCUGUCUCUUUACCUCUUCUGAAAGCACUUCACUGCCCUGGCCGUGUGUAUGAGUGUGUGUUGGGCUCUUGCCCGUGUCUGAUGUGUGUGUGUGUGGAACAGGAGUUGUGUAUUGUGACGCACUGACCGCCCCUCGGGGAGAGAGGAUUAUGCACUGGAUUGUUCGAGACCUUCUCUUUAGCAAUAUUUAUCUGUGUGUGAUGACUGUGGUGACUCUGUGGAUGAGGAGGGUCUUUCUGACGCACGUCUGUACCUGCACUGGUGUUCAUUUGGGACACUCUGGUGUUUUAUUAACUCUUCUCACUGACAGGUUUGGCUCCGGCUGUCUCUCUGGGACGGCUCAGCGCCCGGCCUGUGCACACGUUUGUAGAUAAUCUGCUCAAACCUUUAAUGUUGUUGAUCUGGAGAAAGGGAAAUUUAUCAAUAAAGAGAAACUUUACUAAAGACUGA